AUGUCAUCUUUCAAAAACGUCGACAACCAGUUUGCUGAACCUACAGCAUACGAAGAACCCAGCAGCUUCAGGAGGAGCUUCAAGACAACACCCAUUAGAAGAUCUACUGCUACGCUUGUUCCGGUCUCUGACACCAUCAUGCCGUGCUUCACUUCCAGCUGGGAGCAAUCCGACAGUGGAAAGUUCAUGAGCUUUACCCCGGGUGUUUGUCCACCAGGUUGGAAUUGUAGUGCUAUCUCCCGAGUAUCUCAAUCCUCAACAGUGGUCGCAACCGCGUUGUGUUGCGCAAGCGGCUAUCAGCUAAGGUCGCUCAGUGAAGACCCCCAUUCAACUAGUUCCGUAGUCUCAAACCAAUGUGAACAAUGGUUAAAAAGGCUAGAAAACGAUCUCGCUAGUGCAACAGUCACUGCUCCGCAUUGCGACGGCACCCUCAUGGUUCAUCAGGCAUGGGCCGUCACUUGGCAUCCUUCUGACAAGACCACCCUGUCUCCAAAGCCACCUACAGUGAGCAGCGAACAGACUAUUGAAUUCUGGGAGGCUCUCCAGCCUAUGAACAGCCGAAACCUACGUGCAAGAUAUGAAGGCAAUGAUACCCCUUUCAAUGAUUCUUAUUUUACUUUUCUCAUGGUUGGCUUGCCUAUUAUCUUUGGAGCUCUCUUCACCUGUCUAUUUUGCAUGUGUUACUGGAACCGGAGGAAGAUGAGGAAAGAGAGAAAAAAGGCGGAACAGACACAACUUGACUCUCUGCCACCAUACUCUAAUAACGAGAGUCCUCCUGUGUAUUCGAGUCGAUAA